GAUUCACCAACUCCUCUACUUCUUCUCGGCUUAGCUCCUCCCUCCUCCUUCCAACCCUAGCCCUAAAUCGGAGCCACCGGCGGCGAAGAGGAGCAGAUGGCGGUGGAGUCGGCAGCGCUCUCGCGGAUCGGCCUCGCGGGUCUGGCGGUGAUGGGGCAGAACCUGGCCCUCAACGUCGCCGAGAAGGGAUUCCCCAUCUCCGUCUACAACCGCACCGCUGCCAAGGUCGACGAGACCGUCGCCCGCGCCGCCUCCGAAGGGGGCCUCCCUCUAUUUGGCCACCGCUCGCCCCAGGAUUUCGUGCUGUCCAUCAGCCGGCCCCGCUCCAUCGUCAUUCUCGUCAAGGCCGGCGCCCCCGUCGACCAGACCAUCGAUGCGCUCUCCCACUAUCUGGAACCCGGUGACGCCAUCGUCGACGGAGGUAACGAGUGGUACGAGAACACGGAGCGCCGCAUCCGUGAGGCCUCGGCUCGCGGCUUGCUCUACCUUGGGAUGGGCGUCUCCGGUGGCGAGGACGGAGCCCGCAAUGGCCCCUCCCUCAUGCCCGGUGGUUCUCACCAGGCCUACAGCAACAUCGAGGAUAUUCUCACCCGUGUAGCCGCCCAGGUCGAUGACGGGCCCUGUGUCACCUUCGUUGGGGAGGGCGGCGCUGGGAACUUCGUCAAGAUGGUUCACAACGGCAUUGAAUACGGUGAUAUGCAGCUGAUUGCUGAGGCCUACGACGUACUCAGGAUUGUUGGUGGGCUGUCUAAUGCCGAGCUUGCUGAGACCUUUGCCGAAUGGAACCGUGGUGAGCUCGAAAGCUUCCUUAUCGAGAUCACUGCUGAUAUCUUUAGCGUCCAUGAUGAGCAUGGGGAUGGAGAAAUCGUCGACAAGAUCCUGGACAAAACUGGGAUGAAGGGGACUGGUAAAUGGACGGUCCAGCAGGCAGCCGAGCUCUCAAUUGCCGCCCCAACCAUAGCUGCUUCACUUGACUCCAGGUACCUUAGUGGGCUUAAGGAUGAGAGAGAGGCUGCUGCCAAGACUCUAGAGCAAGCUGGAAUAAACAGUGCUGAUUAUUCUACAGUUCGAUCUGUGGAUAAAAAGCGCUUAAUUGAUGAUGUACGACAAGCCCUCUACGCUUCUAAGAUCUGUAGCUAUGCUCAAGGUAUGAAUUUGCUCAGAUCUAAGAGUGCGGAGAAGGGCUGGAACCUCAAUCUUGGGGAACUAGCUAGGAUUUGGAAGGGAGGGUGCAUCAUUAGGGCCAGAUUCUUGGAUAGGAUUAAGAAGGCUUAUGAGCGCAAUCGGGGACUUGCAAAUCUGAUUGUUGAUCCAGAGUUUGCAAGGGAGAUGGUACAGCGACAGGCAGCAUGGAGGAGGGUCGUUGGACUUGCGAUCGAGGCAGGUAUCAGCACCCCAGGUAUGUCUGCCAGUCUGGCUUACUUUGAUACAUAUCGACGGGCAAGGUUGCCUGCAAACCUGGUGCAGGCGCAAAGGGACUAUUUUGGGGCGCACACCUAUGAGCGGGUUGACCGCCCAGGAUCAUUCCACACAGAGUGGUCUAAGAUUGCAAGGCAGAGCAAGGUCGGUUCUGGAAUCCUUAACUGAGGGAUUUAGCUAUGAUGAUGAUACCCCAAUUGAGAAGCAAGUUCAUCGUUGGUUUUUCUCAUUCUAUUCAGACUUAUAAUAAAUAUUCAUCGUUUGAAAUAUGCCUCUAAGGAACAUAUUUUUAGUUAUGAUAGUUGUAUCCGUCAGCGGGGGCUUAAUCAAACAAUGCUAUUUGAUUUUCUACUGAAGUUUGAUACCUUGUUUGUUCUGAAUUUUCUUAUUCCAUCACUUUACUUA